CAAACAGGAAGCUGGUGUUGCUGGGCGACACCAACUCCCGUUUGGGCCCUGGCGCCGCAAAAGCCUGGGACUUGAUGUGGCCGAAGCCCACGCCAUGUGCGAAGGACCCUCAAAGAUUUCUGGCCCUAUCCCCCCCGACCCCACCCUUUUCCCCAACUACUACAAGCGCCCAGGCACAGCCCAGAGCCUUGAAGGAAGUUCUAUGAAGCUAGGCCUGAAGCCUCCCUGGCAGGGUGCCCCCCUGGAGCAGCCUGCUCCUCGAAUUCGACCUGCAUCCCAGCAGAGCCUGGUGGGUGUUCUGCUGCAGCUCCAGAAGGUCUCACUGGGCAGGGAGCCCUUGCCCAAAAGGAAAGACCAUGAGAAGGAGAACGUGAGGCGUAUCCGAGAGAUCCAGAAGCAGCGCCAGGAACAGGAGAGGGGACGAGAUCACAGCCGCCCGAAGCCUCUCAAGGCCUUGUGGCGAUCACCCAAGUAUGACAAAGUAGAGUCCCGGCUGAAAGUCAAGCUGCAGGAGCCAUGCCCUACCUCUGGACCAGAGUUGCCGGCAUUCCUGCGGGCAUAUUCCCGCUGUGGACCUGGGGUGCAGCCUCGUCGUGUGGCUUCUGCAGGCCUGGCUUUGCCCAGUAAUGAUGGGUCCCAGACGCCAGGCCCUGAUACCAAGGGGCAGGCUCCGGCUGUGGACUUCAUCACCCAUAAUGCCCGUACAGCCAAAGUUGCCCCUCGGCGGCAUUCACGCUCCCUCCAGUGUUUGGCUGUGGUACAGGAGCAGCAGCGGCGGGCCCAGGAGGAGUACAAUGCCAGGCAGAAGGGCCAGGUGCCUCACUACCUGGUAGAACGUAAAGAUCUGUGGCGCCGAGAAGCUGAGGAGCGCCAGCGGAACCAGCCUGACCCUGAAAUACCCCCAGGUCAUACCAUGAUGCCUGAGAGCCAGCGCCUGGAUACCUUGAACUCCCUUCUCCAGAGCCAACGAGAACUGCUUCGAGAGCUGGUGCUGCUGCCUUCCAGAGCAGACUCCCUUCGAGCCCAGAACCACAAGGCUGAGCUGGAGAAGAAGCUUUCCCAGGUGGAGGAGGCCCUCAAGAUCUUCUCCCGAUCCAAAGUCUUUAUCAAGAUGGAUUCCUGAGCUCUUCCCCUCUGGCCCACAGGAAGGCCAUUGGAGACCGCUCCUUCUGAGGAGAGCAGUGCCUCGAGGCCUCCAGGGCAGGAGCCAUCUGGCUCCUGGAAGGGAAGCUACUGGCACUUGUGGCUCUGGCCCGAGGUAACCCCCUGCAUCCUCCCCACAGGGGCAGCAGAAGGAACAGGCCCAGGGAGCUGCUGUUAAGAAUAUUUUCCUGUUUUAAAAUUAAACUUUUUUUUACAUGA